AUGUCAGACUCGGAUGAGUUUGAGUACGAGUCCGAUGAUGAUCCCUAUGGUGGCGCCGAGGAGGAGGAUGGAGACGAAGAGGCCAUCCAGAUCGAGAACACCUUCUACGAGGCUGAUGACAACAAGCAGAACUACCCGGAACAGGCCCUUGAGCAGUUCCAGCGAGUGGUUACUUUGGAGACCGCACGCGGAAGCGAGGUCGUUUGGAGGUUCAAGGCCCUCCAAAACAUCGUGAUCCUGUGUGCCAGGAUUGGGAGGUUUGAGGACAUGGCCACGCGCUACCGGGAGCUCUUGAGCUACAUGGACCAGGUGACCAGGAAUGAUGCCAGCGAGGCGAUCAACACGGUGCUGGAUUCCGUGUCGUCGGCCAGCGACCUGACGAAGCUGGAGACCAUCUACGAGCUCACCCUCGAUGCCUUGAAGGCCACGGCGAACCAGCGGCUCUGGUUCAGCACCUCCGUGAAGCUUGCGAAGCUGCACCUGGAGAUGGGCGACGUCCAGAAGCUGCAGCGCCUGGUGAAGGCACUGCACAGGACUUGCCAGAAGCCAGAUGGGACGGACGAUGUCAGCAAGGGGUCGCAUCUGCUCGAAGUCUAUGCGCUCGAGAUCCAGAUGUGCACUUUGACCAAGAACUCCAUGCGCAUGAAGGAGAUCUACCCGAAGACCAUCAACCUCACAUCUGCAAUCGCGGACCCGCGCAAUAUUGCGGUGAUCCGAGAGAGCGGGGGCAAGAUGUUCAUGAGCGAGAAGAAGUGGGAGGCGGCCUACAAUGAGUUCUUUGAAGCUUUCAAGAACUACCAAGAGACUGGCAAUGCGAGCCGGGCAAAGACCAUGCUCAAAUAUGUUGUGUUGGCCAACAUGCUUGCGCUUUCCUCGAUCAACCCAUUUGAUUCGCGUGAAGCCAAGGUGUAUCAGGACGAUCCUGAAAUAAGCGCGAUGGCCUCGUUGCGAACGGCAUACGAGCAGAAUGACAUUGGCACGAUCGACCAGCUCUUGACCAAUCCGUCUUACCGGAUUCUCUCUGACAGCUUCAUUCGCACGUAUCUGCAGGACCUGCUUCGAAACAUCCGCUUGCAGGUUCUCCAGAACAUCAUCAAGCCCUACCGAUGUGUUAGCUUGGACUUCCUUGCCAAGGAGAUCAACGUUGCCAAUGAGGAGGUGGUGAGCCUCUUGGUUCAGCUGAUCCUCGACGAGAAAAUUGCAGCUCGCAUCGAUGGCAUUGAGGGCUUCCUGCAAGUCAGCUCCGGUCGUGGGGAGAAAGCCAAGCAGUUCACUGGCCUGCAGAAGUGGGUCGACUCCUUCGAGCGGAUUCACAGCAGCCUCCAUACCAAGCUCAAUCAGAUGCAGCACGGAUGA